CUUUAAUUUUCAUUUGCAAUGAACAUUCAAGAACAAAACUUUUGUAGUUUCACCUCCACUGUUAUUGGAACCUUAUUUAGGAGAUGGUGGUCGCUGGCCAUGUUUUCACUCUUGGCUUUCCACCCAGCAAACUUUGUUUGUGCCCCAUAGCCCGCGAAUGGCAGCCAGUAGCAGGUGCGGGCCGAGACGUAGAGCCGGUGAGCCAUGGAGGAUAGUGUAGGAUGUGCCGGGGCGGGGCGGCCUUCGGGGCAAGGCACACUCGGGUCACCUCGGCCUCCCUCGGCGCCGCUCGGCAAGGUCGUCCCCGCAGCUCGGGAUCGGCUGGUUGACGUCAUUACUUCUCCUCUGAGGGACGUCAUCAACCCCAGCCAUGACGUCACGCUUCCUGGCCCUGAGGUUACCCUGACCCCCACGGCGGCACUGCUGACCAAGGGAGAUUGUACAUCUGCUGCAAGUUCCAGUCUCCUCCAUGAGGUGCCUUCCCCUACCACAACCACCACCACCAUCUCCAUCACUGCCAAUGUUGCUGCAGGCCUUACUCCGACCACUACUACAGUCACCACUACUGCCACUGCUAGCAUUACUACUGCCAAAACUACCAUCAAAACCACAACCACUACUGCCCUGCCAGACUUUAAAACCACCUCCAACUUCAACAUUGAGCCAGACUGGAAGGAGGCAGCACAGGAGCUAGUGCUCUGGGUCAGAUGCAAGAAAACCAUUGCAGAACUCCAUAAAAACAGAUUUGGCUCAGGAUCUCGUGGCAAGUGCAUCAAAUUGGGCAAGGAAUGGUUCACUCCAACAGAGUUUGAGGUUCAUUGUGGCCGUUCUGCCAGCAAAGACUGGAAACGGAGCAUCAGAUUUCAAGGUCAAAGCCUCCUGACACUAAUUGAGGAGGGCUUCCUGCAGAUGCAUGCCACUUCCUGCUCAUGCAGUGCCUGUCUACAUAAUGAAGAAGCUGCUGGAUCAAUUCGUCUCCAUCGUCCAUUCAAGAGGAAAAGGAGGGAGCGUUUCUUCCUUAACACUGAGAAGGCUCUGAAGCAUGGAAUUGCAUCCAACCAUUCAUCUCCAACACCUACAGUGACUCUGCCUGUGUCUGGCCUUGGAGAGUUGGCAGUAGUUCCUGGAUUGGUGUUGGGAGGAGCCACCCAUUCCCCUGCACCCCUUGCCACUCCUCCAACCGCAGGCUCUUCUGACACAUCACCUACUGUAUCAUUUGCUGGUCUGCCACUUGACAAAGCCUGGGAGCGCAUGAGUGAGAUAUUAGGGGGGCUUCAGCGAAAUGUGUCUCAGGCACAAAUUCUUCUUGAUGAGCUGCGUGAAAGAACUCGUCAAGAGACUUUGAAUCUACGCCAAAAACUUCAGCAGGAAAAAGAUGAAGCCUUGGCUCAGGCUAAGAUUGAGGCGCAACUCUCAAACAUUGCAAAGUCAUCUGAAGGUUUUCUAGUCCAAGUCAGAGAAGAUGAUGGCAACCAGUCUUUACAGCCCAUCAUGCUGGACUCUCUGAUCUCCAACACACCAACUUUAAACUCUGUGGCUCCCAUUAACGGUGUUCAGAAAAAACAGUGUGUGAAUUGUAAUCGGGAAAGUGACUUUGAAUGCUCAGGCUGCCAGAAUCGAGCAUACUGCAGCUCCUUUUGCCAGCGCCGGGACUGGCCAAGCCACCAAGCUGACUGCGGCCGAUCAAGCCCCACUCAGGAGGAUCCACUAAACACUGUGUCUCAGACUCCAGGCUACAUUUUUAUGCUUUCUGAUUGAAAACCGAACAUAACAAAAUUACCAUCAAGUUGUUUGCUUGCAUUUGUACAUUGAUAUUUUAAUGAAGUUCUGGUAUAUUUUAUGACAUUCAGAUAUUUGAGUGAGGUUCAAACAAGUGAAGAAGUAAAGAAAGUUUUCUCAUUUUUCUGCCAGGCUGGUCAACACUGUAUGAUUGAUCUUCAUUUAGUCAUUCUGAUGAAUAACAAAUUGACUUUUUGCUGUAGUAAGAAAAAUUAUUAUUCUUCUUUUUAUCUUUUCUUUUAAAUUAAUUUGCUGUUGUAUGACUGUUAUUACUCUCCGACCUGGUUUCAUGCAGGAAACAAAGUGAAGACAGUGAAAUUACAAGUGCCUUUCUAUCCAAAAUAACAUUAAGAGCAAAAUAAUCUUCUGUUAAAUACAAGCUGUGCGGUGCAGAAGUAGGUACAGGAAAAGAAAUUGCCUUUCUCUCUCUCUCUCUCUCUCUCUCUCUCUCUCUCUCUCUCUCUCUCUCUCUCUCUCUCUCUCUCUCUCUCCCCCCCCAGUGUGGAGAACUGGACUACUGACAAUUUGUAAUCACAUGCAUAUGCUGCAUUUUAAAGUUUGUCUUUUUAAGGCUGAGUGAACUUUCUAUUAAUACUUUUAAGUAUAGAAUUUUUGUUAGGUGUUGUAAUGGAUAAUUAUUUACUGAUGAACCAUUUGUUUAAGAGAGAGUUUAGUGUGUUAUAUGAAUAUGAAUAUCCUUAAGUCCUCAGUCUGAAAGAACCAUGCAAGAGACUGAUAUUGUCUGAUUGCUGUUAAGGAGGAUGCUAUUCCUUGUUUCAUUUGGAUUACUCCAGCAGCAAAUUGUUAAUGCUCUUUCAAAGCCUUCAAGAAAUUAUAAGAAGUGUUUUAUUUUUAUGAUUUUUUUUAUUUUUUUAUUUUUUUUUUUCAAGACUCCAGCAGAGGUUCUAAUUUCAGGCACUUAUAGAAUAUAAAUUCAGCAUUGACUUCAGUUUUAUCUUGAAAGACAUAUUUUUUUUUGGAAGUGUGAAAGCCAAAAACAUUUCUCCCUGUGAGGUUGUGUUGCUGUGUAUACCAGUUUCCAUAAGAAAGCACUUUUUAAGACUUUUCCAAACUAUUUAAUCUAUUUUAGUAAUUAUAUAUUCAUUAGUAUGUCCUUCUGAUGCAUCCAUUUUACAAAAUAGGACAGAUAACAGGUGGACGCAGUAUGUGCAUGUUGGUGUAUGAGCCCAUUGUACAUGCACAUGUUUUAUCUGAUUACACAUUAUCAGAGAAGAAAAUAAUAUAGUAUGGAAUGUACCUGGAAAGUAGUGUAUUUUAGCAAAUUUCUCAUCUUUUCAUUAUUUAUAAAGUAGUAGUCUGAACAAUUGUUUCUAAAUGAUCAAUUGUUGAUGUAUUUUUGGACACAGCCACCAUGUUAAUAUGUAUUUUUAUAUUCAUAGUGGUAUUUUUUUUUUUUCAAAACUUGCCUUUUCCUUCACAUGCAAGGUGAUAUCCAGUGAGGUAAAUAAGCAAAUAAAGAUAAUGAAAGAUU